AUGUCGAAGCGUAAAAUGAUUCGGUUGGGCAGCUCGAGCGGUUCGCCGGGUGCGCGUGCCGGCCGCCGCUCGUCGCUCGCGCUGACGCCAGAGGAUGAACCCCUAGUUGAUAUCGCCGUAAGUACUGCCUGAGUCACUCUACCGAACUUCAAGAAUAACAACGAUGAAGGACCACUCCCUCUUUACGAUGAUGCUCGUUCAGACACAGCACAAAGCACACUCACUAUCAAUGUGUGGAAUAAAGAAGACUCUAGACAACUUUUGGCUAUAUUCAGUUAA